AUGAAGGUAAAUAUUGCUUAUCCAACGAAUGGUACACAAAAGUGCUUGGAGAUCGAUGAUGAUCACAAACUCCGCCCGUUCUACGACAAACGUAUGGCCACUGAAAUGCCAGUGGAUUUUCUUGGUAACGAAUGGAAGGGAUAUGUUGUAAAGAUCACCGGUGGUAACGACAAACAAGGUUUUCCCAUGAAGCAAGGAGUGUUAACCAAUGGUCGCGUUCGACUAUUGCUAUCAAAGGGAAAAUGCUACAAUCCUCGCAGAAAGGGUACGAGGAAAAGGAAGAGCGUUCGUGGUUGCAUUGUCGAUAGCAACUUAAGUGCUCUUAACUUGAUUGUCACCCGCAAGGGCGAGGCUGAUAUUCCCGGUCUUACGGACAUCAGUAUUCCAAGAAGACUUGGCCCUAAGCGGGCUUCGAAGAUAAGAAAGCUCUUCAACCUUUCUAAGGAGGAUGAUGUUCGUCAGUUUGUUGUUAGGAAACCACUCCCCAAAAAAGAAGGAAAACCGGAAAGAUCAAAGGCCCCCAAGAUCCAACGCCUUACUACCCCAGUUCGUCUCCAGCGCAAGAGAAGACAUCUUGCUCAGAAAAAGAAGCGCAUUGCCAAACGUAAGGAAGAAAUGGAGAGGUAUUCUAAGAUGAUCUCCGUUCUUCGCAAGCAUGCUCGAGAUGAAAGGAGACGAUCUCGAAGCCGUUCAAUGCGCGAAUCUAAAACGGCUGCCGAAGAGUAG